AUGGUCUUAUCAGACGUAGCCGUAAUACUAAUUGAUACAGAGGAAGAACUUAGCAACUCUUCGCAUGUCCCGGUUUCGACUAGUUUGAAUCCGCCGAGCGAUGGUGACCGAGGUGAACAAGAGAAACCGCACCGGAGCCGUGAUUCAGGUCGACCAAACGAGAUCAGAGCAACAGAGAAUGCUGAGUCAAAGGAAAUGAAUAGUCAAACUGUUCACGACGACGAGAAAGAGUCUGCGGAGCUGGCGCCGGAAGAGCCGAAGCGGCAGGUCAAAGCGUCACUGGAGGAAGACAGGGUGGAUGACAUCCACGUAGAGAAAGUUCAGUACAGGGAGCUGCGUGCUCUACAAAAGCACCAAGAAGACCAUCUCGCCAUGCUGAUCAACCAGGUACGACAACAGCAAGAAGAGCUUGCCGCCAGGAGCCGUUUGCUGGAGGAGCAGCACCAGGAACUCAUUCUCAUGCGAGAGCACUUCAUCCAGAUCACUGCACGGGGCCGUUUGCCAGAUGCGAAGGGUACGAAGCCAUCCAACAACGUUGCCCCGGAAGAUUCAUCCCUGGUGGUGCCCGAUAGCAAUGAUAAAAAGAAGGAAUCGAAUGGAGAAGACGCGGCUCAAAGAACGGCUUCGCUUGGCUUGACGCAGAUUCUGCAAUCUGGUGGUCGACGGCAGCUUCAGGGACCAGCAGAAAUGAACAAUAUGCCAAUCCAAGGCUACAUCUGCAAGGUCAUUGGACAUCCUUGUUCUCAUGAUGAAGAGUGUUGCGAAGAUAUGAUGUGUACGCAACCAUCAUUUAUACGAACUGAGCCCCAACGACCAGACAGCCGUGGCACAUGCCAACGACCGGCGAACGUUGCGGGUUUCCCUUCCACGCCAGCAUGGAUGAUAGGACACGACGAAAUCCCUACCGGCACAAUGUUUUUUGGAGAUCACGUCGGAGCGACGAGUGGUGACCAUGGCCCACGUCGGAACAGCAACCUCUCUAGGGGAUUUAUGAACCGCCUGAGAGUGCCUCCGAACUCACGGAUGCUGGGAAACGAGAUCGACUCGAUAGAGGUCAAAGAAAGGAGAUGA